AUGCAAUAUAGAUUGAAAAAUGUUGAAAAAAGUGGUGCAUCUAAAUUAAGUGCAUUAGAAAUAGCAACACAAUUUGAAAAUACAAUAUCAUAAAAAUUUGGAAAUGUUAAAUUACUAAGAAUUGAUAUUAAUGAAUAAUAAGAAUCUAUUAUUACAUCUGUAUAUGAAAAUAAAGACCCUAAUAAUAUGUAUAAUAAAUUCUUAGAUGUCUAAUUUAUAAAAGAAAUACUUUAAGUUGAAGAAUUAGAAUAAGAUGAAGAAGAUGAUGAUUAUGAAGAUUUUGAUAAUGGUGUUGUUUUGGAUUAUAAAUAUUAAUAAUUAAAGUAAGCAAUUGAUUGUUUCUUUGAAUUUUCUAAAGAUUUAGAUUAAGUUAAAUAAAUGUAAUUAGAAAACAAAUUUAAGUCAAUUAUAGGUAAUACAACAAAUAAGGAACAAAAAUUACAGAUUAAAUUAUUAAUUUAAUGUAAGGGUAAUCAAGUUUUGUAUUUACAUUAAGAAAAGUUAUUUUUUACUAAUUUUGAUAAAGAUCCUGCUUAUAUUGAUUUAAUUUCUAUGAAUCCCUUUGUUAAUCCUGAUGUUAGUAAUAUGAUGAAUUCAACUUUGAUAAAAGUUGCUAGUUUCUAAUUAGGAAUGCUUCAAUUUAUUUAAGAAUAAUAAUAAUUGUAAUUAUAAUAAUUCUUUACUUCAGCUCAAUUUUAAAAGUAAAUGAAUAUGCCAUAUUAAAUUUAUAUUAAAGAGAAUAAAGGAAAUGAAAAAUGUCUUUAAUUAAUUAUAGGAUUCAUGCAUCAAUUUUCAAUUAGAUUAGAUAUUGAUCUAACACUUUGUUAAACUGUAUAUUAAUAGGGAUAAUUGUGUUACUAUUUCAGGAUGUUAUCUCCUCCUUCUUGUCAUGCAAUGUAUCAUGGAAGAUAUAAAUAUGAGAAUAAUUAAAUAAAAUCUUAAUUUGUUAAAGUUGAUAACAUUUUUUUAAAUAAUUUAGUUUAAUCAGAAAAGAUUAAUGAAAUUUAAAGAUUGUUAUUUCUUAACAAUACUACAAUAUUAAUUAAACUUGAUUAGAAUUGUGAGUAUUUAAAAUAAAAGAUAUCUAGUUUUCAUAAUAUAAAUGUAAUUGAUUAUCCUAUAGCUCAUAUUAAAUUAUAAAAUGAUAUAUCUUAUUUUCGUUUGAUGAAUAGCAAAUAUUUAAAUUUUUCAUUAAGAUUCAAUAUACUAUCUGCAAUCAGUUAAAAUAAAUUCAAUAUAUAAAAACACAUUUAAGAUUUGAUUGAGACUUGUGAAGCUGGAUCUAAAAAAUUAUCAGAGAAAUCUACAUAAAUUAUGAAUGGAAUUUUUGAAUACACAUUUAAUACAUUUUGUAAGAUAACAUCAAAUCUCUCACUUGUAAAUGAUAAGGAUAUGGAUAGAAAAAAUGAAAGUCAUUUGAAAUAUUUUAAGAGUGUAUUAAAGAGAACAUAUUAAGAUUUUAUUGAAUUAAAUGAUCCAACAAUGAGAUUAGCUUAUACAAGAAGAGUAUCUAUGACUCCAUCUGGAAUAUUGUAUUUUAAUAAAUAACCAGAAGUAACUAGUGGUAUUUUAAGAUAACAUUAUAAUAUUGUUGAAUAUUUCUUAAGAGUUCAUUAUGAAGAUGAAAAUUAAGAUAUUGUUCUAAAUAUACCCUAUAUUACUUAAUCUUACUAUUAUAAUUUUAUGUUUCCAUCAUUAAAAAUUUUAGGUUAGAAUUAUGAAUUAUUUACAUGGAGUUCAUCUUCAUUAAGAUAAGGAACAUGUUGGUUUGUAGAUUUCAAUGGAGCAGGAAAAUAAAGAUUUGAAAUAAUUAGAUCAAUUGGUAAUUUUACAAAUUUGAAAUAUGAUGAAAUUGCUAAGAAUGCAGCUAGAUUAGGAUAAAAUCUUAGUACAAGUAUUAGUGUUGAAUUGGUUGGUCCAAUUAAUAUAAUAAUAAAGGAUGAUUUAUUGGAUAAGAAUAAGAAAUUAUAUACUGAUGGUAUUGGAAAGAUAUCUUAAGAUUUAAUAGAUUAGAUUAGAUAAAAAAUAAAAGUAAAUUAAAAAAUAAAAAUAUCUGCAGUAUAAAUAAGAUAUGAAGGAGCUAAGGGUUUAUUAGUAUUGGAUGAAAAUCUUGAGUAAAAAACAAUUGUUUUAAGAAGAUCAAUGAUAAAAUAUAAUCCUGCUAAAGGAGGAUAUCCUAAUAAAAUUUAAAUUUUAGAUUUCAAUAAAUUUAGAGGAGGAUAUUUAAAUAGAUAAAUUAUAAUUUUAUUAUUGACACUCAAAGUUAAAGAUAAUGUUUUUCAAGAACUUUAAGAUGGUAAUAAGUAUAUUUAUCUAUUUAGAAUAUUUAAAGAGAAUUGAGGAAUUAUAAAUGAAAGAUGCUUCCAUAUAUAAAUAUUUUAGUGUAGAUUAUUGUGAUGAAUAAAUAGAUGUUCCUAAUAUAAUGGAUGCUUUAAGAGCUUAUAUAAAUAUUGGAAUGGAUGACAAUAUAUUAUGUUAAGGAAUAUUAGCAAAAUUAAAAUAAAGAGGAUUAUUAUAAUUAAGAAAGAAAACAACUAUUCUUGUUGAUAAAGCAGCAAGAGUAUUAGGAGUAAUAGAUGAACAUAAAUUAUUAUAACCAAAUGAAAUUUAUUGUUUAGUUUAAGAUGAAAAUAAUGUUGAUUAAGUUGAACCUGAGAAUAUUUAAGGAGAAGUACUUGUAACUAGAAAUCCUUGUUUACAUCCAGGAGAUAUUAAAAAACUUAAUGCUCUAUCAACAUAAGAAAUAUUAAAAAGAAAUAAUGGUAAAAAUCCAUAUGGUUAAUUAAUAAAUUGUUUAAUAUUUCCAGCAAGUGGAAAUUCACUUCCUUGUUAAAUAGCAGGUGGUGAUCUAGAUGGAGAUUUAUAUUUUAUUUGUUGGGAUAAUAGAUUAUUACCACCAGAACUUGUUAAAUCUAUGGUUUAUGAUAAUAUGAAACAAAAUUAAGUUUAAUAUAAGAAGAUUGAUUUUAGAGAAAAUAAUUAAAAAUUUCAUGAAAAUGUUGAUAAAAAUUUUGAUAUGAAAAGUAUGUUUGAUUUUCUUUAUCUCUAUCUUAAUUCUGAGACUUUAGGAUUAAUUGAUAAUUCUCAUUUAGCAUGGGCUGACAAAUCAAAUAAAAUAGCUAAUGAUCCUAAUUGUCUUGAAUUGGCUGAAUUACAUUCUGAUGCAGUUGAUUUUGUAAAAACUGGAAAAUAAGUCAAUUUAGAUACAAAACUUCUUUCAAAAAGUAAUAAAUAUUAUAUUAUAUUAUAGUUUUUCCUGAUUAUAUGGAGAAAGAGAAAUAAAUCACUUAUGAAUCAUAAACAAUAAUAGGGAAAUUAUAUAGAUAAGUUUUAUAAAUGGGAAUUUAAUAAGAUUAAUAAAUGGUUUAUGGAUUAGGAUUUAAUUAAAAUGGUUUACCAAAAAUAGAAUAUAAAUUAUUAUAUAAUUUUGAUAAAUUAAUUAAUGAAUGUAAAUAAAUUAAAUAAAAUUGUAAAAUUACAAUAAAUUUGGAAGAUAAAAAAGAUUAAAAUGAAUAAUAAUAAGAAAAUAAUGAUGAAUUAAUAAAUGAAGAAAUUAUUCAAUUAAUUUAGAAAUAUAUUGAUGAUAACUUUAAAAGACAUUAUGAAUCUUCAAUUAAAUUGAUUAUGCAAAUAUUUGAAUAAAUAGUAGGUAUUACUCAAAUCUUUUCAGUUAAAAGUGAAUUUGAAAUUUAUAGUGGUAAUUUUAGUAGCAUGUAAAAAGGAGAUGGAUUAUAUUAAAAAGUAUUAUCUAUAUAUUUAAUAACAAUAGAAAAAAUUAAAUGUUGAAAAAUAUCAAAAACGUAUCAUUGCUUUAAUUAUACAAUUACAUUAAGAAGUAGAUAGAAAAUUAUAGACACUUUCUGAAAUAGAAAGAUUACAAAGAAUUUCUUUAAUUAAUUUUAUUUUAACAUAUUCUCCAAAUUCUCAUCCUUAUCCAACUUUUACUAUAUUAGGAGAAUUUAUUUCAUAAUUAAUGAAAUAGAUCACAUCUUAAGAAAUAUGGAAAAUGCUGUUUAAUAUUCAUUAAAUAUGGUAUAGAGGAGUUGGUUAAUAUCUAUUUUGGAAAGAUUUAUUAAAGAUAUAUAAGAAUGAUUAGGAUGAAUUAAUUUGA